CGCUGCACCUGCACGGUAAGCUCUGGUACAGUCCCUCAGUCACUCGAUCAGUCUCCUGACCGGCCAGCUCUUGCUUUCCCCUUCUAUCCUUACUCCUUCUGUCAUUCUUUUUUAUACAAGUGCCUGGAUCUAUUCUAUCUAAUUCUCUUUCAAUGGAGUCUUCACAGCCCAGACCAUCGCAAGCCUAUAUCCGGUCGCGCCGUCCAGUGCUAGCACCGCAGGCGGCUCAGCGUAUUGCUGGGAGGGCCAUCCGGUGCAGGCCUAAACGGACUGCUCUUAAGGCGCCUCAGGAUGUCCGAUCUAGUUCGCUGGGGAGCUAUCGGCGGCCGGUCGAUAACAUUCGGCAAAGUCGAAUGAUGCCAGUUCGUGAUCGUAUGUAUGAUAGGCAGCCUCAGCUUGUCGCUACUCCCGAGGACGAGGAAGAUGACGAGAUGGAUUACCAUGAUGAAGAACCUUGCUACGAUGAAGAAUUUGGAGACCCGCAAGACCCGCAAGACGACGACCGUUAUGUUCUGGAAGCCCUAAUAAGCCAGCAAUCGAAAGCAACCUUGACACUCAUUAAUAAAAUGAGAACAGAGUUUCUUGAAAACAUGAAGCAAAUGAGAACUGAGUCUUCUGGAAACAUGAAGCAAAUGAGAACAGAGUCUUCUGAAAGCAUGAAGCAAAUGAGAAAAGAGUUUUUGGAAGCCUUGAAGCAAAUUAGAACAGACAACAAUCAAUUACCGCAACGGAUAAGUGAGACCAUAGUACGCACGAUUAGUGGUCAGACCAACCUUCAUGCACAGGGAGCCACAGGCCGAGGCGCUCCUUUCCAGAUGGGAUUGGACUCUACCGUGGACCCUUCCAAUCUGAUGAGCAAUACCGGAGGAACUGAAAAUAACGGCUCGUAAAGGCCAAGUUCCGAAGGCGAUCCUCAGGUCUAGCUGGACGCACUGGGAAUGGAUAUCUACACAUAUUUAUGUAUACAUAUGUGUCUGUACAUACAUGGAGAGAUGAAAUGGUAUCACGUUACGACGGGGGGAUAAGUUUAUUGACAUGGCUCAACAAACAAAUAUUAUACCGAGUCAGGUUUGAGUUCGCAAAGACAAUUGGAUGGUGAUGCAAUAAUAAC